GCCCAGCCCAAAUUAAACCCUAAUACACUAAUACUAGGGUGCAGACACAAAACACCCAAGAUUGAAGACCUGCGCAGCCAGCAAGCAGCCUCCCUUCUUUCUUUUGCAGCUUGAACUUUCUGGAGUAGACACAAGAAGUGUACCAUCUCCGGCCGACGUUGACCGGCGCGACAUCUCACCCUAUUUCACUCUCUCACCGUCACGCCGCCGCAUCUCUGAGAAGCACAGAAUAGACAAAUUUUGUUAACAAGUCCAAAUGGAGGGGGUUCAAGCUGUGCCAGAUAUAAAGAGAAACAUAAAGGUUUCAGCCGUGAUCGAUGACUAUAAGGAACUCAAGAGAAUUGUGGGGCUGGUUCCUAAAGGUAUAACUUGCGAGUUUACAAGGGCGUAUGGGCGAUUUUUGAGCCUACUAUAUAUCGAAGUAGACGUGGAUGUUUUGAGCGCUUUGACUCAGUUCUGGAAUUCGAACAUCCGGUGUUUUGAGUUCUCCCAAUUUGAUGCUGUUCCUACUCUAGAGGAGUAUACUACCAUGAUGGAUUGUCCGAUAAUGGAUAAGGUAGGUGUAUACCUUUAUAAGGAGCAGCAUGUGGAGAUAUCAAAGGUGAUAGGUCCCCUAAAUAUUCCAGAAGAUUGCCUUAAAAAAUGCCUUGCAAAGGAUGAUAACAACCAGGUCCGUGGUUUGAAAAGAAACAUGCUUGAAAAACAUCUUGACAUGCUAGUUAAAAUGAGAAAUUGGGCCGCUUUCAAGAAGACUUUGCUCCUCAUCAUUUUUGGGGUAGUUCUCUUCCCUCGUGGAAAGACGGAAAUUGACCGAGCCGCCAUGGAUGCCUACUUUCAAUUUGUAGAAAAUAAGGCGUGCCCUAUCCCAGCGGUACUAGCAGAAACGUUGCGCACUGUGGAUGUGUGUCGUAAUAAAAAGAAACAAGGGAAUCUUCAGUGUUGCCUUCAGUUACUUUACGUGUGGAUUAUAACUCAUUGUUAUGUCCGCCGCCAUAUGGACGUUUCUGCUCCGAUUGCACUGGUGGAUUUUCACAAAAUACCGGUGAAAAAAAUGACGGUCCUUGAAUGGAAGGAAGAAUUCGCAAAGCUAGAAUCAGAGAAGUUCUUCUGGGUGUGUCCUUGGUAUAAACCGAAAGAUAUAAUCAUUGGUUGUGGAAGUUUCCAUCAUGUCCCGCUGAUGGGGACAAGAGGGUGUAUAUCCUACACUCCUAUUGUGGCUCUUCGCCAGCUCCGACAGGUCCAAGUCAAACCAUUGAAAGAGCAGCUUGGAGGAUAUAAUUUCGCGUAUACCGUUGGAAAUGCCCUAGAAACAAAUCUAGUGAAACGCUCUUGGAAACAUGUCCACAGAAAGAAAAUAGAAGGUACUGGAACACCUCGUCCUACCGUUACUCCUGAGUACACAGAAUGGAGAGAAGCCAGGGAUGUUCAAAUUUAUGUGCCUAAGGAGAGGAUGCCUACAACUAAAGACUUGGCAGAUAUGACCAUUCGUAUUGAGGAGCUCACAGCACUGGUACAUCAGUUGCAGCUAGAGAAUGAGGCUAAAGAUUUUAAAAUUUCCAACCUAGAAUAUGAAUCUCAUAAGAAGGACCAGAAAAUACAAAACCAAACUGAGAAGAUAAACGAGCUUGAGGAAGAUUAUAGAAAAUGUUAUAAGAUGUCAAAGAGGCCAAGAAGCGAUGGAGGAACGUCAUCAGCCACAAAGUUCCAAGAAGAAAUUAGGGAUUUGAAUAUGUUGAUUAAAAAAAACUCAGAUGAGAAAAGCAGAUUGGAGAGUGUAUGUAGAAGUUUAAGAGAUGAAAAUCGAAGGCUAGAAACAUCAUCCCAGGAGAUGAAAAAGGAGUUGGAGUCUAAAAUUAAUCAGAUGGAAAUUACGGUUGGAUUGACAAGAAUGGCCGAGAUAAGAAGGGAUACAGAUCUCAGAGCUAAGCAACAACAAAUUGAUGCCUUGGAAAAAGAAAUCCAAGUUUAUGAGGAGAAUUUUGAAAAAUUGCAAAAUUGCCACUGAAAUGUGAGACUCUUGAGACGAACGGGUUUUGCUUUGCUUUUAUCUCUCUAGCCUCUGUUUCUCAUAUAUUUUGGAAUAUAUGUUGACACCUGUCAUGGUUUGUUUUUCAAUUGGUAUUAGUUCUUGCUUAAAAGAGAAGGCUGCGUAAUGUAAUCUUUGGGUUUAAGAAUGAAUCAGUCAUUUGAUCCUUUAACAUAAAAUAUUGACCGUCUCCUAAUUUUGUGACU